GGGAAAGAGCCCCGCGGAGGCGCUUUCGGGGAGGCGUGCAGAAACGCCGCCGCUGCCGACCCCUCCUCUCUCCUAACCGCGCGAGUGGGGGCAGGAAUUGACGGUCGGCGUUGGCGGGUAAAUGUGAGGAGUUUCCCGCGGAGAGGUCAGAGCGCGGGUAGGUGGGAAGGGGAAGGUGGCGAGACUCAGAGGCUGGGUGAGCUGUGUGAAAAAGAGAGAAGAAGGGCGACCCGGAGUGUCAAGUGCAACUCUAGGAAGAGAGAGAGAAGUGGGGUUCUGACGAAUGGCGAAAGGGGCGGAGCCGAGGGUGGCGGGGCGCCUGGUAUGAACUUAGAAGACCGCCGCGACAGCAGCAGCAGCAGCAGCGCGAGCAUCCACAGCACCAGCGAGGGCGGCGGGAUGAGCUCGGUGAGCUGCGGCAACGGGAAACUCCGGCAGUGGCUGAUUGAGCAGAUUGACAGCGCCAAGUACCCGGGCCUGGUAUGGGAGAACGAGGAGAAGAGCAUCUUUCGCAUCCCCUGGAAGCACGCGGGCAAGCAGGACUACAAUCGCGAGGAGGACGCCGCCCUCUUCAAGGCUUGGGCUCUAUUUAAAGGAAAGUUCAGAGAAGGCAUUGAUAAACCAGAUCCUCCCACUUGGAAGACAAGGCUGCGCUGUGCUUUGAACAAGAGCAAUGAUUUUGAAGAACUGGUUGAAAGAAGCCAGCUGGACAUAUCGGACCCGUAUAAAGUGUACAGAAUCGUACCAGAAGGAGCAAAAAAAGGGUCAAAACAACUUAGCAUGGAAGAUCCACAGAUGAUUAUGAAUAAUGCUUUCACUCUGAAUUCAUCAUAUUCUGCACUACAGCCUCAGGUGCCAAACUACAUGGUAUCUCAUGAUCGUAACUGGAGGGAAUAUGUACCAGAGCAGUCACAUCCUGAUCUUUCAUACCAGUGUGCAAGUGUCUCUUUUUCACCUCGUAAUCAUCACUGGCAAGGUCCAUCAUGUCAGAAUGCAGGUUGUCAAGUAACUGGUACUUUUUAUGCUUGUGCACCACCUGAGACACAGACUUCUGGCAUCCCAAUAGAGGGAAACAUCAGGUCUAGUGAAGCUCUUCCAUUGUCAGAUUGUCGAUUGCACAUCUGUUUGUAUUACCAUGAAACUCUUGUAAAAGAAGUCACAACUUCAAGUCCUGAGGGCUGUAGGAUAUCUCAUGGUCAUAGUUACGAGGUCAGCAGCAUGGACCAAGUUCUGUUCCCCUAUCCAGAAGAUCAUAAUCAGAGGAAAACAACUGAAAAAUUGCUUUCUCACCUGGAAAGAGGAGUAAUACUCUGGAUGACGCCUGAUGGCCUCUAUGCUAAGAGACUUUGUCAAAGCAGGAUCUAUUGGGAUGGGCCUCUGGCAUUUUGCAGUGACAGGCCUAACAAGUUGGAAAGGGAGCAGACAUGCAAGCUUUUUGAUACUCAGAAAUUUUUAUCAGAACUACAAAUAUUUGCCCACCAUGGGCGGCCAUUACCUAGAUUCCAGGUUGUGUUAUGUUUUGGAGAAGAGUUUCCUGAUCCACAAAGACAGAGAAAACAAAUUACAGCCCAUGUUGAACCAGUGUUCGCUAGGCAGCUAUACUAUUUUGCACAGCAAAACACUGGACCUUUUCUGAGAGGCUACGAUAUAUCAGAACAGAUAACCAGUUCAGAAGAUUAUCAUAGAUCUAUCCACCAUUCCUCUGUUCAGGAAUAAACAUGGAAACACUGAAGAAUGAAUGACAUUUUGGGAGGUAAGCAGAAGGCAAACAACUCUGAAUAACAGCUAAAGGCUGUAAAUCAAUAUUUUGAAUUUUCCUGCGAAAUCACCAUCACCUCCAGCAGGAAAUGUACAUGGAAUGGAUACAGUCUACGUAAAAAUCUAGAACAACGAGUGAGAGGUCUGCCAUGUUUUGGAUUGCUGCCCUCUGCUUCUACUUUUGCCUCUGGGAUCAGCUGUAAAAACUGACAAAAUAUCUGAUAUGUUUACAUGUUCUUAAAUAAGGACAGUGUCUUGUAGACAACCUGAACUUAUUUCAAGCCUCUUGUUAUUUAUUUGAUUUGAAAUCUCAGGGCAAGAAAUUCUAAACUGAAGCAACUGUUACAUUAAGGCUGUACUCCUAUAUAAUAUACCAUACCAGACCUUCCCUGAUAGUGGUGCUUAACUUCACCUCCCAUAAUGCUGGCUAGGGACUACAGAGUUGAAGUCUGAUACAUCUAGAAGUCUUCAGGCUGAGGAAAUGAACUCAUCAGAGAAUGAGCCCAAUUUAGUGCAUUGAGGCUUAUAUUUGAAUAUAUAAGAUUGCACAAAUAAAGAUUGAAUUUAAGAUAGUUUUGAAUAAACCAUAUGUGGAGGCAAAUUGAAACUGGGCUUGCACAUCAUACUAUGGUAUGUUUCGCUUAACCAUAGUUUAUUGAGAAAUCCACAAUUGCCAUCAAUUAUGCUUUAUGCUUUAUGACUAUAAUGGUUUCAUGCUAUAUGCCAAACCACAACAAACCACCCCGUGACAUUUCCCACCUUGUAAUUAAAAAUAUGUAGUACUUGAAUAUCUAAUCAAGUCUUGAAUUUCUAAUAGAAUAUCUAAUCUAUUCCUGAAUUUAUACAUCUUAAAGAUGCAUGAUGCCUUGGGAUAUAAUAUCCAUUUCCUCCUUCUCCCAGCAAAUUGUAUUCCUUAUCAUAUGACAUAUUUUUUCCUGGAUACAGUUAGUUAUAGGCAUUAGCACAUCUUGGGAGUAAACAAAUUGAAUUCAAUCUAACUUAUAUCUCAGUAAACAUGGAUAGGUUGCACUAUUAAAUAUUUUUAAGCUUGGAAAAAUGAUAACUCCACAUAGUUGUUUGAAUCUUUUCAUGUUUGUUUUUUUUGGUAUAUCAGUAUACAUUAUUAAUCCAUUUAGCUAACAAGCAUUAUUUCUAAGUGUGUAUAUAUAGGCACAGUAUUUCUUGUGCUUGUGGCCCUUAGUUUCUCUUAGUGGCUAUUCCAUGUAAUUAUAUAUCAGAAUUAUAUUUGUUAUGCCAAGUACAAAGCUCAGACUAUUUUUAGUUUUAGAGGUUUGAUUAUUACCCUUUUUAUCAUACAAGUAAGAGAGAUUUAUGUGAUUAAAACAUUGAUCCAUAAUAAGUAAUUUGGAAGGCUUUCCUGUUAAUUUCAGUGGAAACUUUACUGAGUGGUACUUUCUUGAGAAGAUUAUUGAUGGGUGUAUAUGGGCUCUGUAUGCUUGAAAACUAUUGGAGGAAAUGCUUCAAGCUCUACAUAAGCACAGGACUUCUCUGUCAUUCAUUAAAGUACGCAUGACUUUUCUGAUAUAGUAGAGCUACUAGCCCUGGGCUGGAAGAAUUCAGACUAGAUGGCCACUAAGAGAUAUAGAAAACUCUAGCUCUAUGCUGCUAUGUAAUCUUCAUCCAGAUUUUUCCAGCCCAGAGCUGGCAGCCAUAGAUAAAUCUAGUUGUAGGCCUUAGUAUAUUUACUAGAGAGGAAAUCAGUGGAACCUUUUCUCAGUAAACAUGGGUAGGUUUGCACUGUUAAUCUUCCUAAACUUUAAAUGAAAUGCUGCUUUAAUGAAUCAAAUCAUUAAAGCUUCAUGUAUUUAACAUGACUCUUAGAGCAGCCACAUCUUUCUUCAGGUUCGUGCAGAAGCCUAAAAAAUAGUGGUGUGUACUUUAAUGAAUAGAAGUGCUGCACUCUUAUAUGCAAAGGAGCUUUGAAAGUGUGGUUUUAGACACGGGGAGCUGGUGAACCAUUUUUUCCCCUGCUAGCCUACUUUUGCUGUUAUUCCCUGAAGUCUUUCUGCUUGUAUGAAAGUAAACUCAUAUCUGGAAUCUUGUUAAGAAGAAAGCUGCUGGGGAAAAUGGAUUUUGGAAGGAAAAUGCAUCAAAGCCAUUGUAGGUUAGGAAAGCUUUGAUCUCACGAGGAACUUAUUUUAAGCCUUAUGAUGAUGUGCAAUCUCUAAUAUUAAACAACAUGGAGUAUUUCAAAAAGUGGAUGUGAAAAACACUGAGAUAGUGUUAAUUUAAGUACACAAUGUGAUCAUGGAUUUCCCUCUAAAUGUACAGUGACAAUAUGCCAGCUUUUACAAGGGCUCUGUCACUUCAGUCAGCUUCUGCAGAGGCAGCACUCAGGAAGAUGAACAAUGCUGUGUUAGUGUACUGGGGACAAAACAAUCAUUUAUGCACUAUAUAAGAGAAUACUCAGGCUCACUGGUUCUCUCUACAUUCAGUCCUACGGCUUCAUCCCCAAUCUUUGAGAAAGUCGAACUGUAAAGUUCAUACUUUUGUUGUUGUUGUUGAUGAAAUGCUGUAUCUUACUCUUCCCUGAAUUCUUUAGGGAAAUCAUAAUACAUUAAACAUUCCUACAAACUUACAGAUACAACUUACUUUGUAUAGCAUUGAGUACACCAAGUAAUAGACAUAUUUUUGAUUUUGACUGAAAAAGUCAUGUUCAAGUCAAUAGCAAAAUAGGUGAAAAUGAUCAAAUAGGAUGCUUGGUUGUGAGAAAAAGGUAGGUCGAAUAUUACCUUCCUGCUUCAUUACUCGUUUGGAAGACUAUGAAAAUGCAGAAAUAGAGCUGGAAAUGUCUGUUAUCAAAUAUAAGCACUAUAAUAAUGCUGUACAUAAUUUUUAAAUUUAGAUUUGAUUUAUGUUUGAUAAAUAAAGUAUGCUUUUUUAAUCUAGUUUUUCCAAUCUUAUUUUCAAAUAGCUUAUGAAUAACUUCCCAUUCUAUUUUAAAUUUUGAUA